GGUCUGUUUUUCAUUUAAAAUAAUGAGUAACCCUUGCAAGGUACAAAUCUGGAACAUUUAAUUUUGAUUUGGAUAAUUUAAAUUAUAUUUUAGUUUUAAUUUUUAAAAAGCAUGUAGUUAGCAAAAAUGAUUUUUUUAGAGUCUCCCAACAAAUUGUUUUGAUAGGAAUGAUGAAAAGCAAAGGCCAAAUCAGAUUUCAAUGUGUUUCUUAGAUUUUUUUUUUAUCAUAGUUAAUUGAAGGAACUUAGAAUCUGAUUUCUUGAAUGAGUCGAAUACAUCUUACAAGAUAUAGAGGAAUUUGCCAAAAUAAUUAAUCCACCAAAUCCGGAAAAGAUAACAGUAAUAAAUCUAAAUUAAAUUAUCCUGAUUUCAUAUAUCCUGUGAUAUGAAACAAAGUAAAAUAAUAAACUGAACUGAAGCAUAAAACAGUGUAAUAGGCCCAAUACGUAAUCCUACAUAUCCAAAUAAUUUAUUCCAUGGUGGUUCCUGUUUUAUAAUAAUUGUAGUUGUGUUUAAUCAUUUGGAAUAUAUUUGUGUUUGUUCUAUACUACUAUGUAUGUUUUUAUCAUUUUUAUUAAAAAUAUAAAAUUGUUACUUAAAUGCUCUUUUUGCUCCCUUCUAAUAUUUCAAGGAGACAUUCCCAAUAAGAUUGGUGAUCUUUCACAACUAAAGAUGUUGUAUCUUGGAGUGAAUCAACUUGUUGGUUCUAUACCAUCUUCAUUAUUUAAUAGUUCAGUGCUACAGCACAUUGAAGUUGGAAUAAAUCAAUUAUCAGGAAGUCUCCCAACAAAUGUGUGUCUUGGGCUUCCAAAACUUGAAUUAUUUUAUGUGAAUGGAAAAUGAUUUGUCUGGCGAAAUGCCUUCCAUUUGGCAUCAAUGCAAGGACUUGAAAUAUCUAUUAUUAGGUGAUAACAUGUUCAAUCCAGGAAUUAUUCCAAGUGACAUUGAAAUUUGUGACCAACCUCCAAUCAUAUAUCUUCACAACAACAACUUGAAAGGUGAAAUUCCAUUGUCUCUCUUUAGCAUUUCUACUCUAAGAAAUGUAGUUUUAGCCAAAAACAAUUUGAAUGGUAAUCUUCCAAUACUAGCUGGAAAUGAGACAUUGCUAGAAAAAUUACAACUGCAGUACAACUCUUUUACAGGUGGAAUUCCUUCAUUUAUUUGGAACAUGUCUUCUUUGAGAGUGGUUAACCUUGGCAUGAAUCAUCUAAAUGGUAAUUUGCCAGAAGAAUUGUGCCAACAACUCCCUUUACUAGAAAUCUUUGAUGUUGACAGUAAUCAAUUAGAGGGAAGCAUUCCAAAAUCAAUAAGUAAUUGCACAUCUUUAAAGAAAUUGUAUUUGGAUGGUAACUCAUUUACAGGAAUGGGCCUUCCCAACUUAAUAGAACUACGGCUGACGGGGAAUGAACUAACUGGACAAAUUCCAAACAGCAUAUCAAAUGCUUCUAAGCUCAUUUCAUUAGAUUUGUCAUUGAAUAAAUUUAAUGAAGCUAUACCUAAUAUGCUCGGAAAUCUGUCAAACUUGAUACAAUUAUCUGUGGAUGGGAAUGAUUUGAAUGGGUUGAUUCCUCAUACAAUUGGCAAAUUACAUAGCCUCCAAUACUUAAGUCUUAGCAGCAAUGGAUUGCAAGGGUCCAUUAUAGAUGAACUUUGUCAACUCAAAAGUCUAAGUGAAUUGUAUCUUGCCAACAACAUGUUUUCAGGAGUGGUUCCAAGAUGCCUUGGGAAUACUUCUUUACGGAAGUUGAAUUUGAGCUCUAACAAAUUGAUUUCUCAUAUACCCUCUUCCCUUUGGAGUCUCAAAGAUAUCUUGGCAAUAGACAUGUCCUCCAAUGCAUUGAGUGGGACAAUUUCACCAGAGGUAUCAAACUUGAGAACAAUUAUAUUAUUGAACUUGUCACGAAAUCAAAUUUCAGGAAGCAUCCCUACAACUAUGGGUGGCUUGCAAACUUUGAUAAGCUUAUCAUUGGCCCAAAACAAAUUACAAAGGCAUAUUCCUAAAUCACUUGGUAGCAUGGUAAGUUUGGAGUCCAUGGAUCUUUCUCAUAAUUACUUGUCUGGUGUGAUUCCAAAAUCCUUAGAGUUAUUAGUUCAUCUUCAACACAUUAAUCUUUCUUAUAAUUUAUUGCAUGGAGAAAUUCCAAGUAGGGGGCGGUUUCAGAAUUUCACUGCUGAAUCUUUUAUGAUGAAUAAUGGUCUUUGUGGGAAGUCCCUAUUACAAGUUCACCCAUGUAGGGAAGAACACAAGCACAUAUCAAAUAAAGUGAAGCUAUUGAUAAAGUGCUCAUUGCCUAUCAUAUGCAUGGUUGUCAUUUUGGUUGUUUUAGGCAUUGUCUUUUUAAAGUGUAAGAGAGAUCAUGUUAAUGAUUCAACCAACAGGGAUUUAAUAGAUUUUGACAUUCCAACUAGGAUAUCCUAUUAUGAGCUCUGGCAGGGAACAAAUGGAUUUGAUAAGAGUAAUCUUCUUGGCUUUGGAAGUUUUGGAUUGGUAUACAAAGCAACUCUUCCAAACUCAAAAAUAGUUGCUGUCAAAGUAUUUAAGGUAGAAAUGGAAGAAGCAUUAAGAAGUUUUGAUAUUGAAUGUGUUGCCAUGUGCAAUUUACGCCAUCGCAAUCUCAUUAAGAUCAUCAGUUGUUGCUCAAAUGAUCAUUUCAAAUCUCUAAUAAUGGAAUUCAUGGAAAAUGGGAGUCUUGACAAAUGGUUAUACUCUCAUAACUAUUGUUUAAAUGUCUUGCAAAGGUUGAACAUAAUGAUUGAUGUGGCAGCUGCUUUGGAAUACCUUCACCAUAGUUCUUCUACACUAGUUGUUCAUUGUGAUGUGAAACCAAGCAAUGUUUUAUUAGAUGAAGAUAUGGUGGCUCAUCUUAGUGAUUUUGGUAUUGCUAGAUUGUUUAGUGAAGGACAACUAGAAAUUUAUACCAAAACUUUGGCUACAAUUGGCUAUAUGGCUCCAGAGUAUGGAUCAGAAGGAGUUGUUUCUGUCAAAGGAGAUGUGUAUAGUUAUGGUAUUUUACUAAUGGAAAUGUUUACAAGGAAGAAGCCAACGGAUGAGAUGUUUGUUGAAGGAUUAAGUUUGAAGCAUUGGGUUAGCAAAUCAACACCACAUUCAAUCACCAAUAUUCUAGAUGCCAAUUUGCUACUCAAAGAACAUCAAAAUAUUUGUAAUAUAUUACCUUAUAUGUCAUUAGUUUUUGAGCUAGCAUUGAAUUGUUGCCAUGACUUACCUGAGGCACGACUUUCGAUGGCUGAUGUUGUGGUGUCAUUAAAAAAAAUCAAGGUUAUAUUUAUGGAAAAUGUUAGAGGCACUUCAAGUUGAAUAAUUGUUAAAACAAAUUUUAGCUACUAUUCCUUUAACGUUUUUUGUAAAUUCUUUUUGGAAUAUGUACUCUUAUAAAAUGGAGUGAUGUGUGUUGUAAUAAUAUA